CCUUUCCGAUCGGCUGCUGCCUGAGAGCUGGUAGCAUGGCCUUCGAUAGAACCGAUGCUAUUUUGAUUCCUUUCUCAAGACUUCCUCAGUCUUGAAAAAGCUGGGUGUCGUAUUUCGUUCAACGACUGAGCUCAGUAAAUACCUUUUACCACGGUGUCGACUCGGGUCGACUUCUAAAUCUCCGCCAUGGGCGCGUUUCUUGGACGGCCUCGGCCAAUCAGGGCCGACGGGAAAGUCGUGCUUAUAACGGGGUGUUCCAAAGGCGGAAUUGGUUACGCACUCGCCGAGGAGUAUGCGCGACGCGGGGCCAAGGUGUACGCCACUGCGCGCCGAUUGGAGGCCAUGGAUGGGUUACAGGAACAGGGCGUGACUAUAUUGAAGCUAGAUGUGACCAACGAAGAUGAUAUUCAGGGCGCAAUUGACGUGAUUAUAACGGAAGCUGGUCGGAUCGACGUGCUUGUCAACAACGCCGCUGUGUUCGCCACGCGGCCUGUGGCCGACACGCCUCUCUCUGAUUGGAGGACGCUGUUUGAGACGAAUCUGCUCGGCGCGGUUGCUAUGGCCCGAGCUGUGUUCCCCCACAUGGCUGAGAGGAAAGAAGGCCUCGUUAUAAACGUCUCCAGCUGCGCGGGUUACUGCCACCUGCCCAUGGCAGCAGCAUACUCGGCGUCCAAGGCUGCGCUGAACGCCGCGACCAACUGCAUGCGCAUGGAGAUGAAACCGUUCGGGGUGAAGGUCAUGCUGGUGGUUCCUGGAUUCAUUAAGACCAACAUACACAGCAAUGAGCAGCACAAGAGACAACCGUUGCCGUCCAACAGCCUGUACAAGUCAUGUGAGGGGCGGCUCAACCACAUCGCGGAUUGGGCACUGACCCAGUUUAUAGGGACAACUGCGGAAGAGUUUGCCAAGUGCACUGUGGAUGCUGCGGUACAAUCACCCCCCCCUUGGCGUUUCUUCAUGGGGGCUGGCUGGCGGCAAGCCAUGUAUGGCCUGUGGUUAUUGCCAACUUCAAUUGUAGACUCUGAAUUGUGGAAACCCUAUCAAGCAUGCUUGGAGGGACCAUAGUGUAUAUAUACACCAAAUAGAUGCCUUAUAUGUACAUGUCAUAGUGCUUUCCUAAAUCGCUUCUCGUGUGAUGCUAGCUAUCAGAAUUAUGUGCGGUUGGAAAAGGCAUU